AUGGAGAAGAAAAAAUUACUCUUGCUCAGAGAUAAAGCAUUGUUGCAGCACCCAAUCCUCCUUCUCCUAGUUCUAGUUCUGGGGUUUGUUGUCAUGGACCCACUGCAAAUGGGCCCACUAGGAGACCGUGAAUAUAGGCCAGUGAAGCACAACAUUGCACCAUACAAGCAAGUCAUGGAGAGGUGGCCAAGGGACAAUGAGAGCAGGUUAGGGUUUGGGAAGUUGGAGUUUGAAGAUCAAGUUUUUGGUCCUGAGUCUUUGGAGUUUGAUGCUUUGGGUGGUGGCCCUUACACAGGGUUGGCUGAUGGACGCAUUGUUAGAUGGAUGGGCAGCGAUUUGGGCUGGGAAACAUUUGCGCUUUGGAUGUGGGCUUUAAAAGGUCAAAGCAGGUUUGUGCUAACGGCAUUGACUCAACCACACACAAGCAAUGGAAGCAUGAGAAGAAGUGUGGCCGUCCACUUGGCCUGA